AACAGAUUUGUGUGUAUUGAUUGUUCAUUGCAAUGUAGUGGUGUCAUUUUCGUACAGAAAGCAAAUGACAUGGAAUUUGGAACUCAUUAUCAAAUGUGCAAAAGUACGAAAAUUGAGCAAACAUCUCAAAGAAGUGCAAUUAAAAAUAUUAUAUGGAAAUCAGAAAGCAUCGGUCAGAAAAAUCAAUAUUUUUAUACUCAAAAUGUCUACAAACGAGAAAUGCAUAAUGUGUAAACAAGAUAUCGAAGAUGUUUAUCAAUUAGGUGAAAAAAUCACAUUCGAAGACGUAACUGUGCAUCAUUUUUGUGUGCUGCUGAGCGGAUGCUGUGAACAAAAUGGUGAUGAUGACGAAGGAAUCCAAGGAUUUUUGCCGAAAGACAUUAAAAAAGAAGCACAACGAUCCAAAAUAUAUCGAUGUACUUUUUGCAAGAAAGGCGGCGCCAACAUUAGCUGUUGCGAUAGAAAAUGUAGAAAAGCAUUCCAUUUGCCGUGUGCCAUUCAGAAUGACUGUCGCUUUGAAUUUUUUGAUCAGCAUUUAUCAUUUUGUAACACACAUCAUGGCAUCAAAAAGUCAACAAUGCCUCAUGACCAUCGUGAUGAAUGUGUUAUUUGUAAUGAACCGAUGGGCGAGUACAAUAUCAUACAAUCGCUUCAGACACCAUGCUGCCGGUCCAAGUCUUGGCUUCACAAAUUCUGCAUUCAAAAGAGUGUUCUAAUUGCGGGCGCUUAUCAUUCGAAAUGUCCAUUGUGCAAUGACACCAAAACAUUUUGUGAUUGGCUGAAAAAACGUGGCAUCUUCAUUCCUGAAAGAGAUGCCGUUUGGGAGGAUUCGGAAUUCUACAAUUUUGAACAGCAAUCAUUUGUGCCCAUAGUAUGCACGGCAAAUUAUUGUAAAUUAUCACAAUGUGAAAGCCCUAUGGUGACAUGUGAUUCAUGUGGAUCAAAUGGCAUUCAUGAAUGCUGUUUAAAAACCGAGAAAUUUAUAUGCGAUGACUGUGAUAUUGAACCACGAGCGAAAAAGCGAAAGAUAUCGAAUGAGACAAAAGACGAAAUGAUCAUCAAACCAAAUGUAGAAAUUGAAAUGGAUAUGAAUGCUAAUUAUAUUCCAUCAUAUAACACAAUGGAUAUUCCACAGAAAGUGGGUUUUUCGAAUGGAGAAUUUACAGUAAAAAAAUUCAAAAUUGUUUUAUCUAGAUUGACGCAGGAAGAAAUCGAUACGCUAACAUGAAAACGUUUCAGAACAAACAAAUUGCCAAUUUGUCGAUCGAACAGUGCAUAAUAAUAUUAUACAUCAAGUUUUUAAGACGUUACAUUUUGCCAAGUGUAGAGACCACAAAUUUUUAUUGUACAAUUUAAUGCUUGGAUUUAUUGUAAAAUGAUUUUACCAUUAUUAUAUAAAGCAAAGUAUUUUAUUUUA